AUGGGCUGCCUGUUUAAGGACAUGAAGAUCAAGUCCUUGGAGGAGAUCUACUUGUUCUCCCUGCCCAUUAAGGAAUCUGAGAUCACUGACUUUUUCCUGGGUGCAUCCCUAAAGAAUGAGGUUCUGAAGAUCAAUCGUGUUGGUAAACAGACUCAGGCUGGCCAUCGGACCACAUUCAAAGCUUUUGUAGCUAUUGGGGACUACAAUGGUCACAUUGGUCUUGGUGUUAAGUGCUCCAAGGAAGUUGCCACUGACAUCCGAGGGGCCAUCAUCUUGGCCAACCUCUCCAUUGUCCCUGUGCGGAGAGGUUACUGGGGGAACAAGAUUGGCAAGCCCCACACUGUUCCAUGCAAGGUGACAGGCUGCUGUGGCUCUGUGCUGGUGCGUCUCAUCCCCGCCCCCAGAGGCACUGGCAUUGUCUCUGCUCCUGUGCCCAAGAAGCUGCUGCUGAUGGCCGGCAUAGAUGACUGCUACACGUCAGCCAGAGGCUGCACUGCCACCCUGGGCAACUUGGUCAAGGCCACCUUCGAUGCCAUCAAGACCUACAGCUACCUGACCUCCAACCUCUGGAAAGAGACUGUGUUCACCAAGUCUCCUUAUCAGGAAUUCACUGAUCAUCUUGUGAAAACCUACCCAGACUUCAGCUGCGGCUAA